AUGCCAAUUGUGGCGCACUUUGAGUUACACACCUCAAAAGUUGGCCACGAUGAUGCAUGUAUGCAUUGGCUCAAGGGCCGCUACUUUCGUGAAGGUAACAUUGGCGUAACGCAACAAAAAAACACUGUAGAAGACACUGACAUACUUCUUUCAAGGAUGGAAAAUGACUUGGCUGCUUGCGCCACGCAUCGAUGGGCACACUUCUCUCAACGUUCGCCAGUUUACGAGGCAACCUCGCCGCGGACGGACAACACCCAAUUGAACAAAGUGGAGGUGCGCAUAGAGGAGUGCAACGCCACCGGCAAGGACGGUGAAUUUAUUGUUAGUGUGCAGGAUCCCCAUUCGAGAAGGGCAUUGGGUAUACGCGAGGAUAAAAUGCUAGCGGAGCCCUCGCGCCAUAUCUUCACUGAGGCGGUGCGUAAAAGAAAUCAAACCCGUCUUGCAAUGGAGAUUGAGGCUGCUGGCAAAUUACAUGACGUGACGAAUGUGCGCCGCCCUUACUUUGGGGGAUAUUUCCUUCCGCCCCACUCUGUUGGCCCGACGCGGUUUUUGUUGUUCCCGCAAUGGAUGCACGACGUUCACUUGGAUGCCACGCAACCGCAGGAGUUGCCGUACUUUCUUCGAGGCACCAUUGACCGAAAGUCAGGCUGCACGAGUGACGAAGGCGCGGAAAUGUCAGAAGACAAACGGGGACCGCUACACAAAUUCCUGAAGAGCAUUAUUUUUAAUGCAUCGUUUGCUCGUAAAUUCCCUGAAACCAUGCCACGGUGGGGAAUU